AUGGCACCGAGGCGGCUGAUGCUACGGGGCUUCCAGGCUCGCCGGGUUCCAGUUGCUCCGGGCGAAGCUGGGGCGCGCAUCUCUGCGGCCAAGGCUGCGCUGAGAACUGGGGGAGCUGUCCUCGCGCCUCCCGCCGAGCCCUCCUCCCUGGCGCCAGGCUGCAAGGUGCGCUCCCCAACUUCUGGCCCGGAAGCCCAACUUCAGCACCCGGCUCGGACUUGCGGCGCUGCAGUGGCGCGUGGAGCGCCGUCCGGGGAAAAGGCUGCAGUUGCCCCCCACCCACCCACCUCUGCUGGGAUGACUUGGCCCCUGUGGCUCUGGUGCUUCUGCACCUGGGGGACCGCGGGCUGGCCGCCAGGCAGCGCCCUGCAACUCCGGCCCGGAAUGCCAAAUGUUUGUGAACAACAACAACUAAAUGUGGUGCGACAUCCAUACCCUUGUGUGCAGGCAUUUACAGAUACUGUGAAGUUUUGGAAACCUGGUUGCUUAGACCCAAGAUGGUGUGUGAGUUAUAAAAGAAGGACUAGGUACUACACUGUCUACAGACAGGCAUACAGCAUGGAGCAGCAGAUUCUCUAUAAGUGCUGCCCUGGUUGGAGGCAGUGGGCUGAGGAACCUGGCUGCCUACACUCUGUCGCAGCAGUGAGAACUUGUUUUAAUGGAAGGUGCCGAGAAGGUGAAGCACAGAGUUGCCAGUGUUCAGAGGGCUUUCAGGGACCCCACUGUCAAUAUGCUUUACUAGCUUUAUCAUAA